CACUCGAACACGGGUCGCUUUUUCUGUAACUGGGUAACUCAAUUGGCCCCCAGUACAAGAUCGUCAUUUGUAUAUGUAUGCAUAUUUAUCUCGUUGAUGAGAGUAAAUUUCUCGUUUGGAGUGUAAACUAAAACAAAUUUCCAGUUUCAAAAAUAUGUCGUCCAACGGAAUUCCCAUGCAGCCAAUUUCCCAACAACCUGGCGUCGUCUAUCCCCAACAGCAACAAAUGUCCUUCGUGUUGCAAGUUCCUGCUCACCACUUGCAAGUUUUGGACGGCUUGGGAUCUUACUACAUUAAGAGAUCAGGACAGACCACUAGAUACGCGUCAGACUCUAAUAACCAUCAAAUAUUCUCGUACAGUGAACAAGUCCUCGUGAACAAUCAGUAUGCUCGGGCAGCAUCGAUGAUGUUCAUUGACAACAAUGGGACCGAAUUCAUUUCGGUGGAUUUAGAUUUUUCCGGUGGAAAAAUCAGGAGUGGAAACAUGCAACUCGGCGUUCUCAACCCGGUGAACAAUUUCUGCCCUUGUUUCGGGAUGCAAACGUUGCAAGUGAAUAGUUCAACGGGGGGCGGAUCUGUGACCUUGAAACCGGGGAAGGUUCCGUGCGGGGGGUGUUGUUUUUUUGCGUGCUGCUGCGGAGGUUCGGCCUCGUAUAAUGUGAUCAUUAAUGGGGAGAAGGUUGGGUCCAUGGGGCACGAUGGGGAUGGAGGGUCACCAAUGGUGACCUUUCCACCGUCGCUGGACCCCAGGUUGAAGGGAAUCAUUGUCGUGUUGUCGUUCAUGCUGUUCAAUACUUACUGGUAGACUGUGGAGGACCAACUGAUCGAUUGUGAUGUAAAAACAUAUUGUCAACUUGCAAUAAAUAAUAUUAAUUCGA